AUGACGUUUGGCAUCACCACCAACCUCCGCCUCGUGCGUUUUGUCCUGCGAAAUGCUGCCUGUGGCAGGCCUUCCACCAGAGUAGAGGUGAUAUAUUGUGGUCAGCAGACGACCACUUUUGCAUUUCUGAUUAUGGUCAAACUCCCAAGGCGGUGGAAAGUCAAGGCGGGCCAGUGGCUUAAUCUCUGGAUACCGACGGCCUCAAAGCCAAGCGGGGAUGAGUCGGUGCGAAGCCAGGGGAAACUGCUGAAACCGCGUACUCUAGCACGCCCUCCUAAAACAAGUGCACCGCAGCACUUGUCGCCAGAGGCUGGCACUGAGAGGGAAAAGGUACACGAGGUGCCAGUUGGCCCGCCUAAUCCGCCCGCAGUUGAGCGGCUAGCCAAGAAGGAUGCGCGAAACCGACAUCCAACCUUCUAUGACAAGAAUGGACGUUUGAUUGCGCCCGCGCAAUGCCUUGAUGCAGCGGUUGAGGAUGGCACCAACACUGUCUUUAUGGAAUUCAAGGCCAAACCCGAACGGGGCGGUCGCCGAAACGGGCGGCGGGCUGGUCUGGCUGUCCAACACCUGAUCAAUGACAAAUUCUCGUCGAAGAAUAGGUACCUGGUUUCCCGCCUCAUCUUUCCACCAGGCCCUUGCAAAACAUCGUCCUUGGACAAUCCGGGUAGCUGA